CAAUACCUUGGGUUGUUUUCCACGACCUACUGGAUAAAGCCCAAACCCCAAACUCCUUAGCAACGACAAUUAAUGACUUUUACAAUUUCCCACCACAUACAUUUCCAACUUCAUGUAUUGCCUUUCUCUAACACACACCUGAACUAUUCUUCCCCUUUGCUAUUGACCGAUUCCUUGCACAGCAAGACCUGGUUAAAUGCCAUCUUCAUUGUGAAGCCUGACACAGUUCUGCCUCUUAAAGCAGGAAGAAUCAGUCACACCUCACUCUGUGCUUAUAUGGAGCUGUCAUCUCUAGGAUUGUAGUCCAUAUUCCAUGAUACCAGGUGUCAAAAAAUAGACAGAAUGACAGAUUGAUAGUGUUUGAUCCAAAGGAAAAAGUGAUGAUUGAACCAAAUGAAGCAACGUCAGGUAAAUGCCUCUUUGGAUGCAGACUAAGAUUGACAAGCAAACUUUAUACCUCAACAACCCAAGUCUCUCUAAAUGUAGCUGAGACAUUGUCAGAAAAGAGGAAAGUCUCUUCAAAGACUGUUGAAAACAAAGUCUCUUUAAAGAAUUCUGAAAAUAAAGUAUAUUCAAAGAGUAUUGAAAAUAAAGAUACAUUAACAAAUCUACAUUCUAAGCUCUGGUCAUCUUCCCUCUUAAAAGAAAGUCUGGGUCAAGAGGGCAAAGAGGCAAUCAUUGAAAAGCAGGAGAAAAGUAAUCAACAUUGCCUUCCGGAUACUGGUGAUAAGUUGUCUGAAUCAACAGAUGAUGAUUGUGAAGAUGAUACCAAUGAUGAUGAUGAUGAAAACAGUAAUUCUUUUGAGCAUACUCGUGCUCCACUAGAGUUAAUGGCAGAAUUCCUGAGAGCAGAAAUGGACCAAGACUACCGUCUGGCAAAAAAAUUAUGUCAGAUGAUCCUAAUCUACGAACCAGAAAAUCCUGAGGCCAAGGAGUUUUCUUCACUUAUUGAAGAAAUGUUGCUGAUGGAGAAAGCUCCAAGUCUUGAGGAAGAUGAUGAAGAUAGUGAAGAUGAGAGUAGCGGUGAGAGUGAAGGGGAAAGUAGUGAGGAUCUGAGUGAAGACAGCUCUGAUGAAUGUGAAGACGGGUGAUGAUUGUUACUACUAUAGUUAAAGUUUUAUGCCUUUUCACUAAUAUAUACCCCAGAAAUACAAAGAAGAGGGAUGCAUUGUAGUCUAAUUGUUCUUUAUUUGCUGCAGAGUUCCUUUUAAUUUACCUAUAUUCUUAGUUUGCAUUCCUUCUUUUUAGGUCUCAGCUCAAUGUGAAUUCCUCAGAGAGGAAAAUAGUAAUUAUAAAUACUUAUAUAGCACUAACUACAUGCCAGGUACUAUUCAAACUGUUCUACACAUAUUAGUUUAUUUAAUCCAGCACCCCCAUGGGUAAGUACUGUUACUAUCCUGAUUCUACAAAUAAGAAAACUGAGGUACAGAGAGGGUGAAUAGUUUAUCCAGCAUUGUACAUCUAUUCUUCGGGAGAGCCUGGAUUUUUGCAUGGGAAUUGUGGAUCCUACUCUUAACCACUGUUCUAUGAGACCCCCAUCCAUGUUCUCCACCUCAGGCACUUAUACAUCAUCUGUUUUAUGUUCUUUAUAGCACUUACUAGUGUCUGAAAUUCUUAAUUAUUUGUUUUUCUGUUUGUCUUCUCUCUAUCUGCCAGAGAAUGUAAUUCCAUGAAACAGAACCUUGUCUUUUUCACCAUUUUAUCCCCAGCACUUGGGCCAGUGCUUGACAAAUAAUAGAAGCUCAUAUAUAAUAUAUGUAUAUAGUCAAGUGAAUGAAUGAAUAAAGUGAAAGUUAGUGAAAA